AAACAACAUGAAAUAUUUCAUGAUGAUGUGAUGAGAUUUAUUCAACAAAAAAAAAAUGCAUUCAAGACAAUCACAUAUUAUUUAUCGUAAAAUAUUACAUAAUAAUAAUAAUUCAUCAAGAUGUUCAUUUUCAAGUAGAAUUAAUUUCAAUGAUCUAAUCAAAACGAACAAAAAUGAUAGCAAACGAUUGAUAUUGGUAGAAAAUUUGGCCACGAAAAAUUCCAUUUCAAUGAUAAAUGGUCCUUCUUUAAGUGAACAUUUGAAUGUUAAAAUCGAUCAAUUUUGGUCAUGGAAUUAUCGGAGACGAAAUUUUGUCUUGAUACGAUUGAAUAAAAUAGAUGAUGUGGCCAAAAUUCAAUCGAUUUGUGGAUAUAAUUUACAUGCAUUGCCCAUUCGAACACGGAUGAUGGAGACUAAUUUUUCAACCACCGGUCAUCAUCAUACACCAUCAAAAUCACAUUAUGAGCUUGGAACGAAUUUCAAAAAAUCAUUAAGUUGUUCUGAAUUGAAGGACAGAUUUCCAACCAAUGAACAAUUGAUUGCUCAUCUGACCGAAAUGAAUUCAUUGAAUGAAUUAGAUGUGCAGCUCAGAUAUUUUCUAAUCACACAAUUGGAAGACAUUAUUUGUCAUAGUGUUUUUGCUGAUUUCAAUAUCUAUCCAUUUGGUUCAUCAUUAGCCGGUCUGGGCGAUUCAACCAGUGAUCUAGAUUUGGCUAUUUUACAUGCUCAUCAAUGGAGAAAAAAUCGGGACAUAAAUUUUGCUAUGCCUGAAUUGAAAUCUGAACGUGAUCAAACACAGCAAUGUUUAUCACUAAUUGCCGAUAUUGUUCGUAAUUUUAUGCCAAAUAUAUCCAAAGUGAAUCGAAUACUAAGGGCAAGAGUACCAAUCGUCAAGAUGAGUUUCGAUUUGGCACCUAUCGAUAUUGAUGUUUCGAUUGAAUUAUCGCCAGAAACCGGUCACCAUGGAUUAUUAAUGGCUGAUUAUCUUCAUUAUUGUGUUUCACAACAUCCAAACAUUAAACAAUUUUUACUUUUUCUUAAAUAUUGGUCAAAACAACAUGGUGUCGUCAAAUCUAUUCCGGGUAAUUGGUUUUCAAAUUUUCAAAUACUUGUAUUGGCCAUCUAUUUUCUUCAGAAUGAACAAAUUUUAAAACCAAUCAAUGAUAUCGAUACAACAACAGAUGAUGGUAGUGAACAACAACAGAAACCAGUUUUAAAUACAAUGAAAAUGUUUUACUCAUUUUUUGAAUUUUUAGUUUCAUUUAAUUUUGAAAAACAAGCCAUGUCGAUACAAACAGGAAAAUCAUUUGCAAAGCCCGAUUUUUCACCACUUUACAUUGAAAAUCCAAUGGAACCUACAUUGAAUAUUUGUAAAAAUGUUAGCGGUGUUGAAUUUAAAAAAUUAUUACUACAAGCAUACAAUUCAUUAGAUGCUAUGCAUUGUACAGAUUUUCAUCUGGCCAAUCUACUUGAUCCAGAAUAUUUUAAAACACUUGAAAAACGCAAUAAUCAAUCAGUUCGUUGAACACCAUUUUUUUGACUUUAUUUAGAAAUUUGAACUAUUGUUUAUAAACUGUACAAAUGCCGUUACAAUACGAUCUUUGUCAUUGAAUGGAUUCAAUUUGGCAUAAUUAAUAAAUUGUCGCCGAAAUUUAUUCAA